AUGGAGACCUCGGUUACAACAGAAGCUCAAGCCCUAUUCGAUUAUGACAGGCAACAUUUUGAUGAGUUGUCCUUUAAAACUGGCGAUAUGAUCAAAGUACUAAAGGAAAUUGAAGGUGGAUGGUGGCAUGGUGAAUUAAACGGCACACAGGGGUGGUUUCCCAGCAACUAUGUUCGGAAAAUGCGCUUACUCCUAGUUCCAAGCUCCAGGGCCACGGACACUAGCCACCUCUUAAGCUUCCAACAAGAGAUUGUACAACAUAUUCUUGAGGGUGAAUCUAAACAAAUCGCUGAUCUAAAUCUACUUACGCGCAUCUUAAAGCCAAAUGUCGAAGUGCUGUCCAAAUUCCCAUUCAUGUCAAAGUUGUCAAUAUUUGUGGAUAAGUUGGCACAAAUAAUUCGUUUGCACGAGUCCAUUGCAAGAAUACUGGAGAAAAUGAAACCGUUGUCGCGGCCAAAAUUCGUCGGGAAAUUGUUUCUAGACGUUGCUAAGAAUAUGGAUCAGUUAGCAGGUGAAUAUGCUCGUUCCUGUGCAUACAUUGAAUAUGGCCUGCAGGAGAGCAGCACAACGAUUCCCGUUGCUGUCGGUGCGGCUGGUCAAGAUUUAUACUCUGCGAAGACUAAAUCCCUCUUCGCAAGUGUGCAUGACCGCCUCUCACGAUAUCCCAUUUUGCUGAAGGAAACUGAGCGUUAUUACGAGGAUCCUCAUCCUGAUAGAGCAGCAAUCUGCAAAGCAAUGCAAGUCUAUUCAGAGAUUUUGGACCGUUGUAAUCUGCUUCGCAAUUUACGGGAAGUGGACAUUGAGGUGCUUUCGUCAGAAAUUCGUGGCCUUCCCGAUCAGUCGCGACUCCAAAUCAAUGAUCCUACGUUGACCCUGAAAGCAAGCAUUUGCACCGAUGACACUGAUGGUCACUUCGUUAUUGAUCCCUCUAAACCCCAAGCUGUUCUCCUCCUCUACCCCAACUUUAUUAUCAUCCUCUCUGUUGUCGCUCCGUGGAUCUAUCAGUUUCGUAUGCACGUCCCCAUCACAAACAUCACAGUGACAGCAAUGCAGGAAAACGAAAACGUUAUCAGUAUCAAGAUUGUAGGUGGCAGUUCACCUCCUGAGGAACACACUCUCCACCUCUGGUGCACUGGCGUUUGCACUCGUGAUCUCUUUUACUCCACGAUCACGGAAUUCAUUCGAAACUCGAAGGUUAAAAGGCUAACGACUCUUGUUUUUAUCUGCCGUGUCGUCUGGGUAAUGGCCUUGGUAAUGCCACAUCGUUUCUGCCUCAAGCUUCAAAAUGUACGCCUUCCGUGUCUGAACCCAAAUGCCCUGCAGAACGUGGCCCAAAUCCGGGCUUUGCUCACCGCCUUGGUGAGAGAGUUCAGACGACACUGGGUGUUCCCCAGGAGCGCCUCAUCACACAGCGGUGUUAUUCAGGGAACCCCUUCGACGGUAGAUGGUGUCAUUCUUCGUCAGCGCAGUGCUACGCGGGCCACGAAACCGAGCGGACCGGGAUUGCUACGUCGUCGAUCUGCAGGCGGGGCUACGGACGAGAGUGGUGACGCUGGCUUUGGUGCCGGUGCGGCUGCGCCGCACCUCUUUGCAUUGCGCUCCUCCCACUCUGGUCCAAUUUGCGGCCCUACUGCAGAAGGGGAGGCGGAGGCCCUGGACGAGGCGCCUACGUCCUCCACUUCGCCGCCACCACCACCACCACCGCCUCGUACCAACACCAUCGCUGUUACUGAUCUCACCAACCUUCCCGGAUGUCGGUUUCUGUCGCAUGAAGUGCGAAGUCGACCCCUCGUCAAGUGGCCUGAGGAUAUCCUUACUAUGCCAAAACGUCAAGAAGCCGCACAUUCGAGCGCCUUCAACAAUUCUCAAAGAGGCCUUCAAACCCAACAGGAUGAUAGCCUAACCCAUCUUCGUCUCGAUUGCACUCCACUCCAGUCUCACUGUUCUCUAAUCCCUGGCAGCGGGGGAGAAAUCCCACCUCGACCUGGUGCUCGAGCACCUCUUGGCGGUGGCUAUGGAAAUCGAGGUUCCAGACCUAAUUCACCUGGACGAUCUGGUGCCGGUGGCGAGGGCCGAGGGGCUCCCGCGUCUGCUGGCAAGGUCAUGCGUCGCAAGCGUACUGACGAGGUCACACAACGGAAUGAGAAGGACGCUAAGAUCCUGCAAAUCAUUGAGCUCUACUGUGGCAGCGGCCUUCCCAAGGGCGCUCUCAAACCACUUGAUCUGACCCAACUGCGGCUGAGUUGCACAGAGAUGAGGAUGAAGGAAAACUCUCUGCCUCCUCCUGGUACCACAGCUUCCGCUAGCUCUACAGCAGCACUGCGGACGUAUGAGAACAUCGACCCUGCUCCUCCUCCCAUGAUGCCACUUCGUCCUCCACCUGUUAUUCUACCCACCUCGGCUUCUGCUCGUAAAAUGAUCCGCACGGCGGAGGUCUGUUUGAGCCGAGUCCACAAUAUGCAACUAACCAGAAAUGAGUGA